AUGUCGUCAUCAAGGGCCCUCCGCCUUCAAUCGGCCCUCCGAAACCCCGCACUCCGCUCUUCCACACAAUUCGCACCCCGCCGGGGCUACGCCGUGAAGGAGCCUCCAGCACCAAACCCCAUCAACCCCUCCGGUUCAGCACCGUCCCGUCCCGCACCAUCUCCAUCAAACCCCAAAGUCGGAACUAAGCCAGACGAAAUCACUAACAGGAGCGCCCUCUACAUUAUUCUCGGCGUCGCUGCAACCCUAGGCGGCACCUUCGCCUUCCUCACCGGCGCCCCAGACCGCGCAGCAGGCGUUGCCGACGCCGUCACCCGCGGCGGUGGACCUUCCAUCACACCCGGCCUCGGCCCCAAACCCUCGAGCGAGCGUAACUUAGAGAAGACGACGGGGCGGGAUGCGAAUCGGCAGACGGGGUUGGCGGGGUUGAAGAGCAAGCAGACGGAUCCGAACCAGCUGCAGGCGAGUAACUGA